AUUGUCUUCUGUAACGGAGCAGACAACAGUUCGACGGUUAUUUUUGUUUUUGUCAAGGCCGAUAAUUGUGUGUAGAGUUGAACUUUGACGUCAACAGUAAUUUGGGAGAUGUUGGGGCAACUAACUGUGACAUGGAAUGCGCUGAAACAUUGCAGAAUCUUUCUGCAGCAACUACGAGGUCUAGCUUCCCUGUAUGAACAAAAUGGAAAAUGGGUUCCCCAGUUAAAAAACAACACUAUGCUAGAUAUAGAGAAUGCAUGGAAGACCCAGCUACAACAAUAUGACAGAAGUGAGCAGAGCAGGUUGAAAAAUAAUGGCAAUGAGAAGUUUUAUGUGUUGUCAAUGUUCCCAUACCCGAGUGGGAAGUUGCACAUGGGUCAUGUUAGAGUGUAUACUAUCAGUGACAUGAUGGCACGAUACCAUCGAAUGCUUGGACAUCAGGUUGUACAUCCAAUGGGUUUUGAUGCCUUUGGACUGCCAGCUGAAAAUGCUGCCAUUGAAAGAAAUCUGCAUCCCAAAGAAUGGACUUACAGCAACAUUUCAGUGAUGAAGAGACAGCUGGGUAACCUGUGUUGUAACUUUGACUGGGAUCGGGAGGUGACAACAUGUGACCCGGGCUACUACAGGUGGACACAGUACAUCUUCCUGCGCAUGUAUGAGGCUGGGCUUGUCUAUCAGAGACAGGCUAGUGUAAACUGGGACCCUGUAGAUGAGACGGUGCUGGCAGAUGAGCAGAUCGAUGAUGAGGGUCAGGCCUGGAGGUCCGGAGCUUUAGCGGAGAGGAGGUACCUCAAACAGUGGUACAUACAAACAACUGCGUACGCUAAGUCCCUGCUAGAUGGCCUUGACACAGUGAGUUCGGAGCUGUGGAAGGACGUCAUAGAGCUUCAGAGAAACUGGAUAGGCCAGUGUACAGGCUGUAGGCUUGACUUCAAACUCAAGGGUGGAGAUGCGGAAGAUGUUUUGUCCAUUUUCACAGAAACCCCCGAAGCUGUCUACGGCAUUUCCCAUAUCGUUCUUCCUACCAGCCAUAGAUACAACCAGUUACAGUACUAUAAACAUACUGGUGAAAGCUGCUGUAAAUACCAGGAACUGACCAUACAAGCCAUCCACCCAAUGACUGGGCACUGUCUUCCUAUUCUGGUUGCCAUGGAAACUGAAGGAGAGAAGGAGAAACCCAGACUUGGUGUCCCAUCAUGGUCAGAAACUGACAGAGAGGUAGCUGACUCAUUUGAGUUUUCAUGGUGGCACAUUUGCUCUGAUGACAAAAUGGUCAACUCACAACAGUUUGAUGGAUUGACAAGACAGGAGACUAGAGAAGCUGUGAUGGCCUUGGCCAGGGAGGGUGGGUUUGGUGGGCACCCAGUGAGCUCCCAUCUGCGAGACUGGCUCAUAUCCAGACAGCGAUACUGGGGGACACCCAUACCCAUCAUUCACUGUCCUGAAUGUAAGGCUGUCCCAGUACCAUAUGAAGACCUGCCUGUAGAACUCCCUGAGUCAACCACAACUGGUCACAAUGCUCUAAAGAAGAACACAGACUGGCUCAAUGUCACCUGUCCCAAAUGUGGUGGCCCAGCUAAGAGAGAGACAGACACCAUGGACACCUUUGUUGACUCCUCCUGGUACUUCCUGCGUUACCUUAACAAAAGUAACCUUGACCUCCCCAUUUCCAAGGAGAGGGCUGAUGCCUAUAUGCCAGUUGACCUCUACAUUGGGGGAAAGGAACAUGCGUAUCUGCACCUGUACUAUGCGAGAUUUUUCAACCACUUCUUAUGUGAUAUUGGCCUGACGUCGCAUCGUGAGCCGUUUGUUAACCUGCUCACUCAGGGGAUGAUUCGGGGAGAGAGCUACAAGGUGGCACGAACAGGCGUCUACCUGCCACCAGACAAGGUUGAGAAAACAGGUAUUCAGUACACAGAGAAAGGCACAGGAGAGAAAGUGGUUGUCAAGUUUGAGAAAAUGUCCAAGUCCAAACAUAAUGGAGUUGACCCAGAGGAGCUGUUUACCCAGUAUGGUGCUGAUAUGACGAGGCUAUGCAUACUUUCAAACGUAGCGCCCAAGUCAGACAGGAACUGGAACAAUGAAGUGUACAUUGGAGUGCAAAAAUGGCUUCACAGAGUGUGGACCCUGGUGGGAGUUCUUGUUGAACCAGUUGCCAAGCAACCAGUGUCACAUGACCUUGUCAGCCAAUGGGAUAAGAAAAUCAAAGAAUUCAGGAACAAGUACCUCUUGGAGAUUCGUUACCACUUAGACUGGACAUUCCUGUUCAACACAGCUAUUUCAAGAAUGCAAGAGCUCACAACAGAUUUAAAGAAGGUUCCUGAUGAUGUGGCAGUAAUAAGUGAAGAGUACAAACGGGCGGUGCGUGACUUAGUGAUAAUGAUUACACCCGCAGCUCCAAUGAUCUCCAUGGAAUGUUGGGCAGCACUGCAGCACACAGGGAUUGCUGAGAAGGAUGUACUAGUGCUGGAGGAAAAAUGGCCAGAGGUGGAUGAGGAUGCUGUCUACUGGCUUAAUGUCCAGGUAAACAAGAGGCAUACCAUUGGUAAGCUGCCUCUCAGCCAUAAAGCAUUUAGGGCAUUGAGUGAACAAAAUGUGAUAUAUAUUUUAGGGCAUGAAGACUUCUUUCUGAACACAGUAAAAAACAAUGAGAUUGUACAUACACAGUUGGUGGUGAAGCCAAACUUAAGUGCUCAAGUGAAUUUAAGUAUUCCCAGCCUGGAGUUUGAGUUGGAAAACAAAACGAAGGGUAAGAAGAAGGGAGGGAAAAAAGGCAAACAGCAACAUCAGGACAGCGAAUCUGCAGAUGUCAAGCAAUACAGAUAAAGUGUUUGUCUUUGUCUUCAAUUUAGUGUUAUUCGUUUUUUUAGCUAACGUGUUUAGUGUCUGGUGUCUGUCAUCCAGCGUCAACUAUUACUUAUAGACAUCAUUCUCUUCCUAAACCGCCUUGACAAUUUUGAUGAAUUUUAAUUAGGGAUGGAAACCGGAUACCAAAUCGGUAUCCGGAUAUUCGUAUCAAGUAUUCGAAUACUAUCCGGAUACUCGUUUCAAAUUGGUUUCAUAAUAAGUAAAUUUCCUAUUAUAUGUCACCCACCUUCUGUUAUCUGACAUAAUUGUCCACUUAAUUUAUAAUUUGUCAUAUGGCACUUUCACGUUUUCAUUCAUUCUUUCUCAGUCUUAAUAAUUUAUAAUGUUAUAAUCAAAGCUAAACAACUCAUUUUACGUCAUAAAACUCAUGAUGAAGACCACAUAAACACCUCGCGAAUUUGAUAGUCACUUCGGCCGAGGUGGUUGCUUGGUUACUGCCACGUGCUUUCGAGUUUGUUAUUUAUCAGCAGGUUUCAUGUUAAAUGACGCUUUGAUUAUUUGAUAGUCGAUUGUAAUUUUAUUUCAUUACAUUGUUUGAUUUUAUGCAAUAACUACAAUUUCUGCGGUGUUUUGUAAUGAAGGAUAUACUUGCGGAAAAGAUAAGAAGACAAAAUGUUUUUGUAUUUAUUGUUCAGAUAGCAUUAAUUUCUUCAUGAAUAUUCAUCAAAAAUACGAUCGGUCAUUAACAGCUUUGAUUGCACGACCCUUAUCUUGAGACAACCAGCUGGGUUCAAGAUAACACCUAGAGGUCAAAGAUCAUAUGACUAUAAUAUGACUAUAAUUAUUGUCCGUCUAUAUCUCUUGAACUGCUUUAAGGAUUUAUAAAUAACUUGCCACAAAUGUUAAAGAUAUACAGACAAUGUGCAGAGCCCAUGUUACAAAUAUCUUGGUUCAAGGUCAAGAUCACACGAUGACCUCAAAGGUCAUCUGACUAUAUUUUGUGACUGCUACAUAUCUCUUGAACAGUUCAUAAUGUAGGAGAUAAUCUGUUUUGAUAAAAAAAAACACGUCUAGUUUCCUGUUGUUUAAACUCAGUUAAUUUGUAGCUUUACAAUGUACUGGUAAAAUGACCACUUCAUUAAAAUAAAAUAUAUAAUUAAUAUAAAAUAAUAAUAUAAAAUAAAAUUUCUAAUUCUAGUUACAAUAGUAAAACAAUAACAUUAUGAAAACAUUGUCGGCUUAUCUUGUGAUUGGACGAUCAAUCCGUUUAAUAUCAACUAGUGCCAAUUAGUAUCAAUUAAGCACAUCUGAGAUCAUAAAACAACACUUGUUAUUGUAAACAAGGUCAUAGAACUUCACAGGGUGCUGCACAAGGACACAAUAUCACGCCUUGUGCAAACACCCAAUUAGCAGACGAUUUGUGACACAUACCCGCUUCGCGACAGACACUGUUGAUCACCUGAAAUAUUUCAUCUGAAAAGUUUUAUAACAAUUGCUAUUUCUCUGCUAAGCUAUUUCAUUGAAAUUUUAAUUCUUAACAAAUAUUUGAAUACCCAUUUUGGUAUCCGAAUACAUACGUGAUAUCCGGAUAUCCGGAUACUCGGAUAUUCGCUUCCAUCCCUAAUUUUAAUGAAACUUCAGAGGGAUGUUGCUUCGGUGGUGCACUUUCAGAAUUGUUUUCAGAAAUGAGUUCCAUGCAGAACUCGGUUUGCCAUGGCAACCAAAAGAAAUUUUUUAAAAAAAAAACAUCUUGACGAAAACCAUGAGGCCUAGAGCUUAGAGAUUUGGUAUGUAACAUUGUCUAGUGCUUGUUAACCAAGUUUGUUAAAAAUUUGCCCCUGGGGUCAACACUGGCCCAGCCCCGGGGAUCACAAUCUUUUCCCCGUACUUAUAUAGUGAAAUGUUUGAAAAUAUUCUUGCCUGAAGCUAUAGACCCUUUAAAUGUGUAUCACCAUGUACUGUAGUGGUCCUCUAUCAAGUUCGUUCACAUCUUGGCCUGGGGGUUACAAGUUACCUAUAAACUUAUAUAAGAAACACAUUUUGUUAAAAUCUAAUAGUGAUGAAAAGUUAACUCUUGAAGCAAAGGCUUCCUAUAUUGUCUCCGUUGCUCUUGGAGUUUACUUUUGAAUUAAUGUUUAUUUUUAGAAACAAGAUAAUAGACUUUAUACUUCAUGAAUUCUUCAAAAUAGUCACUUCUAAGGUAAUUAAUGUUCUUUUUAUAGGCUUAUAGGUCUAAGUACUUAUUAUAUUUCUUUAUUUUGUAGAUGUACAUUUUUUUACUCAAUAAUGAAUUUAAUAAUCCCAUUUUUCUAUUGAAUAGACCAUUGUACUAAAUUUUACACUCCCCUAUAUUGUUCACAUAGUAAUAGUAAUAGAUCUUAUAUAAACAUGAAUUAUGUCUCCCCCUCUCUGGGGGAGACAUAUUGUUUUUGCCCUGUCCGUCAGUCCGGUAGUCCGUCACUCCGUCCGUACGUCACACUUCGUUUCCGAUCGAUAACUGGAAAACCGCAUGACCUAGGAUCACCAAACUUGGUAGGGAGGUUGGUCGUGAGGUGUAGAGGAUCCCUAUUGUUUUUGGGGUCACUAGGUCAAAGGUCAAGGUCGCGGCGACCCCCAAUAUAAAAAACAUUUCUGCUCAAAAUCUUGAGAACGGUUUGACCUAGGUUCACCAAACUUGGUAGGGAGGUUGGUCAUGAGGUGUAGAAGAUCCCUAUUGUUUUUGGGGUCACUAGGUCAAAGGUCAAGGUCGCGGCGACCCCAAUGUAAAAAACAUUUCCGCUCAAUAUCUUGAGAAUGGUUUGACCUAGGUUCACCAAACUUGGUAGGGAGGUUGAUCAUGAGGUUUAGAAAACUCCUAUAUUUUGGGGGGUCACAAGGUCAAAGGUCAACGUCGCUGUGACCUCUAAUGUAAAAAAAUAUUUCCGUGCAAUAUCAGGAGAAUGCUUUGAUCUAGGUUCACCAAACUUUGAAGUGAGGUUGGUCAUGAUGUCUAGAUGAUCCCAAUUGUUUUGGGGGUAACAAGGUCAAUAGUCAAGGUCGUGGUGACCUUCCAUGUAAAAAUCAUUUGCGUGUAAUAUCUUUAUGUCUCCCCCAUUCAUGGGGAGACAUAUUGUUUUUGCCCUGUCCGUCAGUCAGUCCAUCAGUCUGUCAGUCAGUACGUCACACUUCGUUUCCGCCCAAUAACUAUAGAACUCUUAGACCCAGGAACUUCAUACUUGGUAUGCUAGUUGGUCAUGACUAGUAGAUGACCCCUAUUGAAUUUGGGGUCACUAGGUCAAAGAUCAGGGUCAACGUGACCUUGAGGUGAAGAAACGGUUUCCACUCAAUAACUAAAGAUCCUUUGGGUCCAGGAACUUCAUACUUGGUAUGCUAGUUGUUCAUGACUAUUAGAUGACUCCUAUUGAUUUUGAGAUCAAAAGGUCAAAGGUCAAGGUUACCUUGAGGUAAAAAAUGUUAUGUUGGCAGUGACCUUAAGCUUAAAAAUGGUUUCUGCUCAAUAACUAAAGAAAGCUUGUACCCAGGAACUUCAUAGUUGUUCAUGACUAGUAGAUGACUCCUAUUGAUUUUGAGAUCAGUAGGUCAAUGGUCAAGGUCACCGUGACCUUGAGGUGAAGAAACUGUUUCCGCUCAAUAACUAGAGAACGCUUGCAACCAGGAAUUUCAUACUUGGUAUGCUAGUUGGUCAUGACUAGAAGAUGACCCAUAUUGAUUUUGAGAUCACUAGGUCAAAGGUCAAGGUUGCCAUGACCUUGAAGUGAAGAAAAAGUUUCCGCUCAAUAACUAAAGAUCCUUUGGUUUCAGGAACUUCAUACUUGGUAAGCUAGUUGUUCAUGACUAGAAGAUGACCCCUAUUGAUUUUCAGAUCAAAAGGUCAAAGGUCAAGGUUACCUUCAGGUAAAAAAUGAUACGUUGGCGGUGACCUUAAGCUUAAAAAUGGUUUCUGCUCAAUAACUUAAGAACGCUUGUACCCAGGAACUUCAUUCUUGGUACGCUAGUCGGUCAUGACUAGUAGAUGACCCCUAUUGAUUUUGAGAUCAGUAGGUCAAAGGUCAAGGUUGCCAUGACCUUGAGUUGAAGAAAUGGUUACCGCUCAGUAACUAAAGAACACUUGCACCCAAGAACUUAAUACUUGGUAUGCAAGUUGGUUAUGUAGAUGAUCCCUAUUGAUGUUGUGAUCAGUAGGUAAAAGGUCAUGGUCACGAUGACUGUGAGCUGAAAAAUGGUUUCCGAUCAAUAAUUGAAUAACGCUUGCGCCCAGGAACUUCAUACAAUGCAAACUUCGUUUACAUUUUCCAUGAUUAAUCAACAACACUUUCUUCUCUUCACUAUUUAAUAUAAUCGAAUAAACCAAACUUUACUGUUGGUUUGUCUCCAGUCCAAAGUUACAAAUUUCAUGUCCAUCAUUUAUUUUUUCUCAGCUACGACCACACAAUAGGGGAGACAAGCGCUUUUUCAAAAAAGCAAUCUCUAGUUUUAUACAUGUAUUAUCAAGGAAAACUAUGCUGUGUAUGUUGGAGGUAGAGUAAAUCUGAUGUCUUGGUUCUUAUUUAUUUUGAAUAGCUGGAAGGCUUUUAAAUUUAAAAAAAAGAAGAUGUUGAUUCAUUAUAAAUUGAAUUUAUUGUUCUUGUUUUUCAUACAAUUAUAGACAAUUAUUUUUAAUACUUCAAUCAAUUAAUAAAUAGUUGAGAUGGUGUUAUAAUUAAACUUUGAAAAUCUUCAAGUCUGACAGUGUGCAGGUCAAAAGUUGUACGAUUAUAUUUUGUGUCCGCUCCAAAUCUCUUGAACUGGUUUUGAAAUAACUCGCCACAAAUAUUCACCAUAUUGAGACGAUGUGCAAAGCGCAUGUUUCAACUAGUUCAGGUCAAGGUCACACUUAGAGAUCAAAGGUCAUAUAACUAUAUUUUGUGUCUGCUCCAUAUUUCUUGAACCGCUUGAAGGAUUUUAAAAUGACUUUGCACAAAUGUUCACCAUAUUGAGAUGAUGUGCAGAAGGCAUGUGACAACCAGCUGGGUUCAAGAUAACACCUAGAGGUCAAAGAUCAUAUGACUAUAAUAUGACUAUAUUUAUUGUCCGUCUAUAUCUCUUGAACUGCUUUAAGGAUUUAUAAAUAACUUGCCACAAAUGUUAAAGAUAUACAGACAAUGUGCAGAGCCCAUGUUACAAAUAUCUUGGUUCAAGGUCAAGGUCACACGAUGACCUCAAAGGUCAUCUGACUAUAUUUUGUGACUGCUACAUAUCUCUUGAACAGUUCAUAAUGUAGGAGAUAAUCUGUUUUGAUAAAAAAACACGUCUAGUUUCCUGUUGUUUAAACUCAGUAAUUUGUAGCUUUACAAUGUACUGGUAAAAUGACCACUUCAUUAAAAUAAAAUAUAUAAUUAAUAUAAAAUAAAAUUUCUAAUUCUAGUUACAAUAGUAAAACAAUAACAUUAUGAAAACAUUGUCGGCUUACAAAUAUAUCUAUUUUAAGUGAUGUCAAGUUGAACCUCUGCAAACAAUACCAAAUAAUUGUGAUGUAAAAUCAAUUCUUGUUCUGAGAAGCCAUUCCUCUGCAGAGAAUACCAAAGAAUAAGGAGAGCUAUUCUACUCACUCGAGCAUUGGCGGCUGUGAGCAUCACACCUUGGUCAAGGUUUUGCAUGUAGGCACCUAUAAGUCAUUAUCUCAGCAAAUUCAUCAUGUAUUGCAUUUUGACAUGUAUGUCUACCUAACUCUUCAACCUUCUUAAUUAAGAAAGAUUAAACUAUUUUGAAUGUAAUGCAAAUUAUGGAACUUUAUUAUUUGACUUAGAAAUUCUGGGUAUGUAAGCACACAGGUAAAUAUCUCAGCAACUACUUAAUGUAUUACAUUGAAACUUUAGACAUGUGUUUCCAACUAUCCAACCUAUUUAAUUAAUAAAGUUAGAUAACUCGAUAAUGCAUAUAAUGCUCUUUAUUAUUCAACAUAGAAAUUCUGAUUAAGGGUUUUCAUGUUAGCACACAUAGAUUAAUAUCUCAGCAACUGCUUAAUGUAUUGCAUUGAUAGAGAUUUUAUACAAUGGUAUUUAACCAUCCAACCUACUUAAAUAACCAACUCAUGAUAAUUAAUUAAUAUAAUGCAGAUAAUGGUCUUUUUAUUUUUUGAUUUAGAAUUUCUAGUUACGUUAUUGCAUGUAACAACAUUUAAGUCAAUAUCUCAGCAAAUACAUCAUGUAUCGCAUUUAAACAUUAUGAUGAAAAUUUGCCACUUUUUUGUUCAACUAAGAAAUUCUGGUUAAGGUUUUGCAUGUACGGUAAUCUAAUUUUACAGUUAUCCAUGCAUAUUUCACCAAAAAUUUGCAUGGCUUAAUCUUUAAAGUGACAUAAAAGUCGAGCGCGCUGUCUCUGUGACAGUUCUUGUUUUCUAUCCACUUUCCCUUUUUUGUGUCAACAAAUUGUAAAAGUGCUGAAAUAUCUGAAAAAUUUGGGGAAAUUUGACAACUGUGUGAUAAGCAUUGAAAAAAAACCCAUAAAGGGCUUACACCACAAGGAAGCACUGUUGAAGUGGCUAGUUUGAACAGGAGAACCGUAAAUGGCAGAAAUUCUGAAAAUGCGUGCGGUGCAUGGAAAGUGGAAACAGCCUAGUAGAAAAGAGGGGUUGUGGGUAGCAUCUUUAUGGUUAUUUUGAAUUUCUUAACGUCAUAAAAUCAUACGUAUACUAAUUAUUUUACAUGUCCAAUGUCUACUAUCCUAAGUACAGGCAGUAUAUGUCCAAACAAUGAGCAUUUUAAAUUAUGUAUAUUAUUGCUAGUGCAUAAGUUUUACAGAUCUCGGGCUUUAACACAGAUUUUAUUGAAAACCAAGUAAAGAAAAAUGACAACACUGGAAAACAUAAGAAAACCAGAGAAAAUAUAAUUGAAUAGUUAAACUCUUCAAACUUAAGUGACGCGUAGAGAUUAAAACACCCCAAUAAAUUACAAUUUACAUGGCACUGGAACAUAAAACCUAAUAUCCAUUGUAGACUCGACUACUUUUUAUGCCCCCAAAGGUGGGCAUAUUAAAAUCGCACCGUCCGUCCGGCUCUGUAACUUUCCCUUGUAUGGACAGAUUUUAAAAUAACUUGCCAAUGUGUUCCACAUACCAAGACGAUGUGUCGCGUGCAAGACUCGUGUCCCUACCUCAAAGGUCAAGGCCACAUUUAGUGUUUAUUCACAAUUGAGUGCUGCAUAUAAGGACAUAGAGUAUAGGUUGUCGUGUCCGGGCUGUAACUUUCUCUUGUAUGGACAGAUUUUAAAAUAACUUGCCACAUGUGUUACACAUACCAAGACGACGUGUCGCGUGCAAGACCCGUGUCCCUACCUUAAAGGUCAAGGUCACACUUAGUGUUUAUUCACAAUGGAGUGCUGCAUAUAAGGACAUAAAGUAUAGGUUGUCGUGUCCGGGCUGUAACUUUCUCUUGUAUGGACAGAUUUUAAAACAA